AUGUCCUUCGGCUAUGCCAUCGGCGACUUCGCCACCUUGGCUGGCAUAGCACUCGAUAUCGUACAAAAUACUCGUAAAGCAUGCGGCGCUCACGACAAUUUGACCAGAGAAGUCAAUAAAGACAGUCGAAGAGAUGAGUUAGCUACAUUGGCUCAGGACUGUCGACAUGUCCUGAGAGUUUUGUCGCAGAUUCUUGAGAAAUAUAACGCGUUGUCUGAUGAGAAGAGAAGUGUGACUAAGUUAUGGCAACGAGUCAGGUUUGGGAAUGGGGAGAUGCAGGAUUUGGGGAAGAUAAGGUCUGAGUUGGCGACGUAUACACAAGCUAUUACGCUGUUUCUGAAUAUGUUGACCGUUGGGUCACAAGGAAAGGUGGAGAAGUUCAUGGACACCCAGGGGAAGGAUACAAUGGAGCUCAAGCGCUCUCUGAACUGGAUUACGGCAAAGAUGCAGGCUAGCGAAAGCCACGAGGAGAAAUCAAUACUCACUUCUUACUCAGAGGACGACAAGCUUGUUUGGAAAGCUUUUAGAAGAGAAUUGGUCCAAGAAGGGUUUUCAAGUCGUUCGCUGGGAAGACAUAAGGACAUCAUAAAGCAGUACAUUCUAGAGCUAGGAACGAGAGGGCUCUUGGACGAGACGCUUUAUCCUGAGUCACAGACUACUGUUGAGAGUGAGAGCGCUGAACUGAGCGCCGAAGAACCAUCAACGGUGUCUUUCGAACAUACCGAUUUCGAUGCCCUUGAUCCUAGCUCUGACGACACUUCCGAAGCGACAGCAUCUGCUAUCGAGGACAAUGAUUCCGAUGCAGAAGUAUCCCAGCAAGAGGUCAAGUUGACGACACAAGAAAACUCAAACCAGGACGACGUCCUCGACACAGAAGAGCAAGAGUAUGACAGCGACUCUUCUUCUCAAUCUACUUCUAGCUACGAUGGUCCGAAUAUCCACUUAAAUGACAUUCAAACGGAUGUAGGAAUAGUACAGGAUGACUUGCCCAGCAACAGCCUUACUUCUCAAACAAUACAGCCUACAGAAAAAGAAGCAGUGGAAGGAUCUGGGAAUAAUUAUAGUGCGUCCGUGGAGGACAUCAAAGACGAGGACUUAAUACAAGGUGCUCAUCCCAACUGUUCAACAGAAUAUAUUCAUAGCCAUACGCCCUCUCCCCCGGAUAGACUUAUCCAUAAACGACCCAGUCCCGAAGGUCCAGAUGCACGCACCAGCCAUAUUCCAAAGGACCGAAGAGGAGAAUCCCCAAAUCGUCAUGAAGAGCAACCAGAGCUCAAAUAUGACCCUAUCAGUGACCGGUUGCCACUGGAGGAUGCGUCGAACUUUCGCUCUGAAUUCCAGGGUCUCCCGAAGAAUCUCAACUUUUCUCACCCAGAGAUGAAAUCAGUCACACGUCGCUUCAAGAAUCCAUCGAAGACAAAGAAUAAGCGCACCAAUAAAAACUUCGCGAAGAUUUCAGAUAAAGAUCCAUCGGUACGCUCCUCAGACCCUAACAACUCCGUUCCUAAACCUCUGGCAGAGCAGGUUGCGUCACUGGUCCACGAAUUUUCUAGCUUGGCCUCCAAACACGCCUCGGAGCAAUCUUUGGAAACCGUUCCACGUUGGACCGAGAUAGAUGCAGGUUCUUGGCUGGAUCCAAAAGAACUACCCUUUUUUGAGUGGCCGUUGAACACAAGCAGGCAAUUGGAGAGACUGUUGAUGUCUCAAGUGAAGCAAAUGAUCGAUAAUCACUUACUGUGGUUGGAUGAGAGGUUGUAUAAGAUCACAGUGGAGGACUGCACGAUAUAUAGCUUUGGGGCGGAACUCGCGCAAGAAGCUAUGAAGCAGAUGAUGGACAACAGAAAAGACAUGAAGGCUAUAGCGUAUACCAUAGGCUCACAUCAAAGUUCACUAAUAGAUCAAGAAGAGAAGAGUGCGAAGAUACGUAUCAAUAGGAGAAUCCUCGAUGCGGCGAGCUACGAAAGAAAGGCAGACGGGAUGUAUUCAUUUGCUCUGUCCCAACCACCGGUAAGUGGUAUGAUUAUGCUGGAGAUAAUGAAUGGUGGACUCGUGGAAAAACUUACUCAACAAGAGCGGGAACGCAACGCAAGAGCGAGAAGUCUUUUCAGGUUGUAUCAUGCGUUUGCGAAGAAGCUUCUUGUAUAUGCAAGGUACAAUUGCGAUAGGCAGUUGUUUAUCUUCGAAGAAGUCAGAUCCUUAGCAAGAGCGAACCUUUUCGGGAAAGCACCCGGACAGCUGUUGUUGAAAUUUAAGAGGGAGAAAGGCGUUUGGAUAGGCGAUCAGUACUUUUCCAAUGAUAAGGAAUGA